UGGACGCGCAGGCGGUGGCGCGCAGAGUUCUCUCGUGGAGGACGUGCAGGGAGAACCGGUGGAGGGGCGAAAACUUUUACGCAGGCGGACUGUCAGAGCGUGAAGUUUCAUUUCGACGCUUAUGAGAGACACGAGACAUGUCUGAGCUGGAGUUACAGUGAGACAGAGAUGCCCAAACGCUCCAACACACACACACAGGAGGUGUGGACUGAGAGAGCGUAGAACACACACACACGCUCUGAUUGGCGAGAUGGGCUCCAGCCUGACGUGUGCGGGUGGGAUUUGGGCGCUGUUGUCGCUGCUGUGCGCCGCCGCGUCCUGCGUCGGCUUCUUCAUGCCCUACUGGCUGCUGGGUUCUCAGAUGGGGAAGCCCGUUUCGUUCGGAACAUUCCGGCGGUGCUCAUACCCGGUGCGGGACGAGGCGCGGGGGGGAACGGUGAUGCUGGAGCAGUGUGGACGAUACGCCUCGUUCCAGGGAAUUCCCAGCCUGGAGUGGAGGAUCUGUACGGUGGUGACGGGGACGGGCUGCGGCCUAUUGCUGCUGGUGGCGCUGACCGCUAUCAUGGGCUGCUGCGUUACUGACCUCAUCUCACGCACCAUCGGACGAGUCGCCGGAGGGAUACAGUUUGUUGGAGGUUUGCUGAUUGGCUCUGGAUGUGCCCUGUAUCCUCUUGGCUGGGACAGUGAGGAGGUCAGACAGACCUGCAGCAACACCUCCAACCAGUUUCAGCUCGGUUCUUGUGAAAUCGGCUGGGCGUUUUACUGCACGGGUGCCGGAGCUGCAGUUGCUAUGCUGGUUUGUACGUGGUUGUCCUGCUUCGCCGGGAAGAAACAGAAACAGUAUCCAUACUGACACGACACCAGAACCCACACCAGCAGGAGCAGCUGCCGUUACGGACUAAUGACGUUUGACCUGCCUUUUGGGAUCCAAAGGGUGUACGCCUGUACAGCUCACCAAACCGCACUCACGGCUUAAGGCUGCAUCAUCAGCCAAAUUAUACUUAAAUCUUAAAGCUAAAGACUCUCGUUUAUAAGACCUGUUUUAUUUUUGCAUUUAUUUGGCGUACAAUAAAUGUUUUGUCCUCACUAUGUAACUGAACUUAUUCUGCUACAGUGUGUGUUGUUUGUUUUUUAUUAUAAUGGACGUUAUAUUCUGUAUUUAUAUUAAUAUCUUGUUGUUGGCCUUAAAUAUCUCCACAUGCAAUAAACACCGUUUGAACUGGAGGGUUUAUUCAGAACAGACAGUCAUUAUGUACUGUAACGUCUGAUACAGCUACGAUGUUUGUUUUCAAGUAUUUAUCCUGUUUUUUGCCUGAAAAAUAAAUCACUCGUUUUGUUGUGUUUGUAAAUAAAUAUGGUUGUAUGACCAAAGCUCAGCGAGCAGAGAAUUA